AAUGCUCAGAAAGGGAAGAAAGCUGUGCACAAAAAUGCUGUUGAACGAAGAUUGAAGGACAAGAACAGCGACCUCAGCUCAGACGACGAAGUUUCUGUUGAAGUUGAACAAGAAACAACAGAGAGGACAAAUUGUACUGAUAACUAUGUUAUUUCAGAAGAAGAAGAUGAAGAUGAAAGGGUUUCCGUUACAGCAGCUGACGCUUUGAAUGAUGCCAAUUCCCUCCGUCUUGGAAUGGGUGAUUUUGUGUUUUAUAGUGUUCUUGUCGGCCAAGCUGCGACGACAGGAAAUAUUGGAGCAACGAUUGCGGCUGCGUUAGGUGUAGUUUAUGGCCUACUGGUUACCCUCACAUAUUUCAGUAACGGCGAUGAAACGACGCCGGCUCUUCCGAUAUCUAUAGUGCUUGGAACUGUUUUCCACUACGGCUAUCUGCUACUCGAGCCAUACAUCAUGCAUUUUAUGGACGUCUUCUUUGAAUUUUUAUUUGACGAACUUCCUUAG